CUAAGGGGCUUCUUAUUAUUAUUAUUUUUUUAAUAGAAGAAGAAGCUGCAGCAGCUAGCCUACAGAUCAUUGGAUUGAAGAAGAAUGGCAAUCGCCAUAACAAAGAAACUAUUGGCAAAUGCCAUUCUUCUCUUAUGCUUAGCAAAGGCCUCUUGCGAGGCCAAGGGUUUGCCCGGUGCCAUUAUUAAACAUAGUCCUCGCCCUGGUCGUAGAAGAGAUCCCACUGAGAAAAUCUUUAAUGUCUUGCAUUUUGGUGCGAAAACUGAUCCCAGAAAGGAUAAUGCAUUGCCUUUCAUUCAGGCGUGGAAUGCUGCAUGCAACUGGAGAGGAAAGGCAAGGGUACUUGUCCCGAGGGGGGAUUUCGUAGCCUCAUCAAUGGUAUUUGGGGGACCUUGCCAAAGUACAGCCCCCAUUCUUUUUCAACUUGUAGGAAAUCUCAAGGCAUUAUCAGAUUUGAGCAGUUAUGCAGAAGAUUUUUGGAUGAUAUUCCAAAAUAUAAAUGGCUUGGUCGUUGCAGGAACAGGCACUUUUGAUGGCCAAGGCCCUAAUGUAUGGAAAUAUAACGAUCACAAAGGCAGCGUUUUUCCAGCAUCUAUUAAAUUCUAUCAUGUGACAAAUGGAAUUAUAAGACAAAUCAAUUCUAUUAAUCCCAUGGGAUUCCACAUUGCGAUUGUUCUCAGCCAGAAUAUUAAAGCCAGAAAUAUCCAUUUGACAGCUCCUGAAGAGAGCCCCAACACUGAUGGUGUCCAUAUCAGCCAAUCCAAUCAAGUUGUAAUAGCUAGAAGCGUUAUUGCUACUGGAGAUGAUUGCGUUGGUAUGAUUCAUGGAAGCACCGAUAUCACCAUCAAGAAAAUAACCUGUGGCCCCGGACAUGGCAUCAGUAUUGGCAGUCUUGGAAAGUACCCGGAUGAGAAAGAUGUGAAAGGUAUCCUUGUGACAAACUGCACGUUGACGAAGACUGAGAAUGGAAUCAGAAUUAAAACAUGGGCAGGAUCACCUCCAAGCCAAGCUACAGCCUUGACUUUCCGGGACAUUGUUAUGGAUGAAGUUAGAAACCCCAUCAUCAUCGAUCAAUCCUACGGAUCUAAAUCGAAUGCGCCUUCAAAGGUACAGAUAAGCGAUGCUAAAUUCAUGAACAUUAGGGGAACCACAACCUCUGAAGUUGGAGUGAACUUGGGGUGCAGCAAGCAAGUUCCCUGCCAAAGAGUUCGUUUGGAAAACAUCAAUUUGACGUACACUGGUGCUAAAAAACUGCCUUUCUCCUCUACAUGCGAAAAUGCAAGAGUAAGCUAUGCAGGCAUGCAAUUCCCACCACCGUGCCGAUAAGGGUUUAAAUUUGCAAUAGCAACCAUUUGUAUCAUCAUUAGCUACAACUACGUACAAGGCGAUGGAGCUUGUGGAUCUAAAAGAAAUAAUAUUACCAUAAAUUCAUUAACAGCAAUGCAAAGAUAAUCUUGUCUAACAUAUGAUGUGCACCACUGGUUGUAAAGGGCUAGUUAGAAUGCUUUUUAUUUUCAACUCACAAGCCAAAACUUCAAAUGCAAGAACCAAAAGCAAUUGCAAUUGCAAAUUCGAAGUCUCUGUGUACAGCAAUUUCCCUCCAACACUGAUGGAAAAAGGCAGAAAGUAGAAAAGUAGAAAAGUGCGAUUAUCUAAUAUCUAAUACUUAAGCAUUU